AUGCACACUCCUACUCUCGCUCAGCUGGUCCUUGGUGGCCUGGCUGCUACGUCUGCCGUGUACGGUUUCCAGCCCUCCAGCGGUGUGAAGGCUUUGUCUGCCCGCAAUGUCGCCUCGCUCAUCGCCCUCGCCGCUCCGGCCAUGGCCGUCCCGAUGGUGAAGGAGAUCGACACUCGCGAGCCGCACCACGCCGGAAAGAAGACCGGCAAGCAUGCCCGUGACGAACAUGAGGACGUCGAGACCCGCGAGCCUCAUCACGCUGGCAAGAAGACCGGCAAGCACGCCCGUGAUGAGGUCGAGGCCCGCGAGCCCCAUCAUGCCGGCAAGAAGACUGGCAAGCAUGCUCGUGAUGAGGUUGAGGCUCGUGAGCCUCACCACGCUGGCAAGAAGACUGGCAAACAUGCUCGUGAUGAGGUUGAGGCUCGUGAUGAGGUCGAGACCCGUGAGCCUCACCACGCUGGCAAGAAGACUGGCAAGCACGCUCGUGAUGAGGUCGAGACCCGUGAACCUCACCAUGCUGGUAAGAAGACUGGCAAGCAUGCUCGUGAUGAGGUUGAGGCUCGUGAACCCCAUCACGCUGGCAAGAAGACUGGCAAGCACAACUAG